AUGAUGGUUUACUUCCUACCGUUGCCUAUGGUAACAAGGCAACAAAAUGGCGCUGAACAUCGACACGGAGAAAUAUUACAUAGAAAAGGAGGAAGUUGCUUUAGAUUCUGAUGAUGACUAUACAUAUGAGGAAGUCCCUGUUGAAGAUGACUUAGUUCCACCAGAGCUUGAAGAAGAUUUGGAUGCUGCUGUUAGGACAAUCCGUGAAGCCAAUGAUGAUGCUAUUGCAAGAGCUCCUGGGCCACCAGUUGCCAAGCCUGCAGUUUAUCAGAAACCAGAGGUUGUUGAUGAUUUUGUCAGAAAUUUUCUCAUCCAUAUGGGAAUGUCUCGUACGCUUGAUUGCUUUCAAACAGAAUGGUAUGAAUUGCAAGAAAGAGGACUUCUAAAGUAUGCUGAUAUAGGAAUAGUUCCUGAUGUUUACACUAGAAAUCAAGAACUUGAAAAUGAAAUAGAAUUUCUGCAAAAAGAAGCAACCAAGUUUCAAAAUGCAGCCAUUAAAGCCAAAGAUCUUUAUGUUAAACUGAGGAAGGAGCGAGAUUUUCAUCGUAUGCAUCAUAAACGUGUUGUGCAGGAGAAAAACAAACUUAUUGAUGACAUAAAGAGGUUAAAGCGCCACUACUCCCAGUACCCAGAUAACAUGCAGGCUCUCAAGAAAAAAUAUGAAGCUGCCAUGAAAGAAAAAAUGCUGGCUAACCUGGAGCGAGAUCGUGCUCUUGGGCAAGUCACAGGUCUACAAAGUACCAUCAAGAACUUGGAACUCUCUCAAGGAGGCUCAGGUGUAAAAGUAGAGGAGAAGAAAGACACAAAAGGUCCAACACACAAACAGCUGUUGAUGGAGAGACAGAAAAGAUCUGCUGGUGCUGAUGGUGAUGUUGGGAACCAAGCCCCUGGUUUCAAAAGAUAUGUCAAUGACUCAGAAUUUCCUGUGGAUCAUGGCAUCAAUCCAUUCCUAAAUCAGUCUAAAUACAUGACAGCUAAUGCUGCAAGAGCUGGUGGCUUCCGUUUGUCCAAUUCUUUUGUGGCUCAUACUCAUGCUAUCAGUGGUUUAGCUCUACACCCUAGAAAGCAAAUUUUGGCCACAGCAAGUGAUGAUCAGACAUGGAAAAUUUGGGCCAUUCCUAGUGGAGAGAUAAUCAUGACAGGGGAGGGUCACACAGACUGGGUAUCUGAUUGUGACUUUCAUCCUAUUGGCUCAAGUCUUGCUACAACCAGUGGAGAUUCAACUGUAAAAAUCUGGGACUUCUCUAAAGCUGCUUGUGUGCAUACCUUCACAGACCACACCGCUGCAGUGUGGAGCUGUUCUUGGCACACUUGCGGCAACUUCCUUGCCACAAGCUCCAUGGACAACACCGCUAAAGUAUUUGAUCUCAACAGCCUGCGCUGUCGCUACUCAUUGCGAGGUCACAUGGAUUCAGUGAACAGCGUGGAGUUUCUACCUUACAGCAACACUCUACUGACUAGCUCGGCUGACAAAACUGUCUCACUCUGGGAUGGAAGAACUGGUCUAUGUGCACAGACAUUUUAUGGCCACAUGCAUUCUGUCAAUCAUGCAACAUUCAGCUUCAGAGGUGAUAUUAUUGGCUCCUGUGAUGCUUACGGUGUGAUCAAAUUAUGGGAUGUCCGCAGUGUAGCCCCAAUGGCUAGUUUUGAAAUUGGACCCCACUCUGCCAAUAAAAUUGGUUUUGACACCUCGGGUGGAGUCGUGGCUAUUGCCUGUAAUGACAGCAUGCUUAAAAUGUAUGAGAUUGCCACUGGAACUAUCACAUCUUUGGCUGGUCAUGAGGAUGCAGUACAGUGUCUGAUUUUUGAUGUUGGUGGUGAAUUUAUGGUGUCUGGAGGAAGUGAUAACGUUGUACGCAUCUGGUCCUAGUUCAACAUACAACCAUUGUUCCAUGAUGUCUUUAUACAAAUAUUAAUGACAUACAAUUUUUCCAUGUCUUUAUGCAAAUCUUAAUUUAAAUAUUGAUUGAAUUUAAAAACACGUAUUGUAAUCAAGAUAACUUGAAAUUUUAAAAAUUUCAAACACAUCUUCUACCAGUGUAAUUAUCUUCCCAUUAACUUCUAAUUUUAAUAAUGCACAGCACAGGUUUGGUAAUGAAAUGGAUACCUUUGUAUUACAAAGAUAAAGCAUCAUUAUGCCCACAAGCCUGUCAUGGAGAAAAUAUGCUGACACAUUGUUUUUUUUUAAACUUUAAUAUUUCCCAGAUAAUUAAAUUGUAAGAAAAUUAUCUUGUUUCAAAUGCUGGAAAGUACAUACAAUGAUUGUAUGAUUACACACAAAUCUAGAAAAGUGGUGAAGUUCAUGGACACCUAGAUCUAUAUUUCAUAAAGUUUUUGAAUUUUAAUGCAGCUCAUUAUAUAGUUAGUAAAUGUUUCAAGUUUAUUGGAAAACUAAAAUAUGGUUUCUUAAAAGUAAUGUCUGUGAUAUGUAUAAUAUAUAAUAAAAUACUUUCUGAAAUAAUUUUUUUUGAAUGGGUAAGAAAACUGACAUAACUAGUGAGCAUUUUGCUUACUAGUCAAACCAUAGCUUGAAACUGGGUUUGUAUGUUCAUGAACUGUUGGUUUUGUGAUACUGUUUUUGGAUGUUAGAUAAUUCCUUUACCAGGAAUACAUUGUGAGAUACUUGUAUGAAAGACUGGUCUUAUAAACUAAUCAUGACUUAGUAUUCUGAGACUUGUGAACUUUAAUCCUCCAGGUUUUGCUC